UUGAAUUCCCGUCGUUCGGUCAGUUUCGGUCAGUUUCGGCUCCGAAUCCGAAAAAAUUUAUGGCGUUAAACGAACCUCAAGUGCAAUUCCCGGAGAAGCAGACCGUGGAUGGAGUAUCCGAAUCCGGAUUCGAAGGUGGGUCCGACCCGGAAGAGCUGGACAGGUUGGAGAUGGAGGUCAAGGAAAUGGCACAGAAGAUUCUUCACUACAGGGCCACUCUCCCGAACCAGCUCAAAGACACGCUCGCUUCGGUUCUCGCUGCUCAGAGACCCGUUUUACCUCAUGGGUCGGACCCUUGUCCCUCCGGAGAUCCUAAACCAGGGCAGGUUAUUUCUAACAAUGGAGCAUUAUUAGCAGAGGAAGAUCAAGAAACAGCCAAGAAAAUACAGUUGCUUAAAGCGAAAAUAGCUCAUAAUGUCUCUGUUAUGCCGUUUGUUCUGAAGAGGAUGAAAGAAUGUAUUUCGAAGAUCGACCAACUAGAUUGUCAAAACAACAGAAUCAUACAUCCUGCAUUUAAAGGAAAAAGACUGGCUGACAAGGAUGUUGCCCUUAAUUAGUGUUGUUUAUAUUGUGCUGGUGUUAACUAGAAGUGUAAGAAUGAUUUAGGAUUUGAGUUCUCCAAAGCUUUUCAUCCAGCUUUUGGAAGAGAUGGAAUUUAUACAAUAAGAUUUGCCUUUGAUACUGAUUUUGAAGUCUCAUUGUACUGACAUUGCUCAGGAAAACGAAUUGAUUUUAAAGUGUUUUUGUAUGUAAUGAUGAUCAGGGUUGGUUAAAGGCCAAGGCUGCCUCGGCCUUUGCUAGGGGCCCGAAAUGUAAAGCUUAUGUUGGUUUUAAUCAAGUUCUACCAUUUAAUUUAA